AGCACCCACACCAUAUAUCGAACAACUCCGCCAAAUGACAGAAUUAGCAGACGCCCUUGGAUUCACGGCAUCUUUGAAGCCUGGAGAAAAGAUCAACUACACCAAGAUCGCUCGCAAUUAUGAUUGCUCUUGUUCAACGUUUUCACGACAACACUGUGGGGUAUGCGCGUCACGCGAGGCGGGCUAUGCAGAACAAAGGCAAGCAAGCACUUGUUGCGUAUAUUGACAAGCUCUGUCAGCGCGGCCUACCUCCUAUAAGAGAGAUGAUUUGAGAUUUCGCUGCAGAAAUAGCUAAAAAGUACGUGGGAAAGUGCUGGGCAGACCGCUUUAUCAACCAACACCACGUCCACCUCCCCUGUUAAUAGACUUCUGGCAAGGACGCUCUUCGCCAGGAGGCCAACUCAGCAGUCAAAUAUAACGCUUAGUUCGAGCUCCUCCACCGUAAAUUUGCUAGGUAUAAUAUCAAACUACAGAACAUGUACAAUAUGGAUGAGAAGGGCUUCCUAAUUAGUGUACUGUCAAAGAUAAAGCGUGUGUUCAGCAGGUAGUGCUAUGAGGCAGGAGAGAUAAAUAAAAUGCUACAAGAUGGCAAUCGCG